AACACCUUUCUCUUUUGUCCUAGUUCUGGACACGGCAGGCCAGGAGGAGUUCAGCGCGAUGCGGGAGCAGUACAUGAGGACUGGAGAUGGUUUCCUUAUAGUCUACUCUGUGACAGACAAGGCCAGCUUUGAGCAUGUGGACCGUUUCCACCAGCUGAUCCUCAGAGUCAAAGACAGGGAGUCCUUUCCAAUGAUUUUGGUGGCAAACAAAGUUGAUCUAAUGCAUUUACGGAAAAUUACAAGAGAACAGGGAAGAGAAAUGGCAACAAAACAUAAUAUUCCGUAUAUAGAAACUAGUGCCAAGGACCCCCCUCUAAAUGUUGACAAGGCUUUCCAUGAUCUUGUAAGGGUAAUAAGGCAACAGAUCCCAGAGAAAAGCCAGAAGAAGAAGAAAAAGACCAAAUGGAGAGGGGAUCGAGCCACAGGCUCCCACAAACUCCAGUGUACAAUUUUGUGACGGGGGCACUCAGGAGCACCUUGGACAUCUCCCUCCUGCUCCCAACCCACCAUGACCUGAGGCUCCCAGAGACUCUGGCUUGGAGGAGGUGGCUCGAGGGGUCUGGACCCCAGCAAUCAGCUGGAGGGGUUCCUCGUGGGGCUGCAUGGAGCAGUGCUAGCAGGAGGUGGAAGAGAGCAACAGGACUUUGAUGCUCGGACGUUCCCAGCUCCUUCCAGAGGCCUCCAUGGUGUGUGUUUAAAA